AGCUUAAUAAUAUGAUUUUUUUUUUUGAAGCAACUUAAUAGUAUAAUAUUCAAGCCAUAUGAAAGCCAUUAUCCAAUAGUAAAGGUGAACUCUCUAGAGAACUGUUGUCGUGGCGGCUCUGGGCUUUGGCCUUUUUAAGGCCGAUCUACUUUGAAUUCUUCGAAUCAGAAUUUUACACCUCUCUCUCUCUCUCUCCCAAGCCAUAUAUAUCUCUUCACACACGAACAUCAUUCAACAUUUUCCACCUCUCUCUCUCUCUCUAUCUCUCUGUCGUUAACUUCAACCAGGGGUCACCUCUUCCAUCAUAUAUCGCAAACCAGUUCCCAUUCAAGCAAAAAGAAUUUCAUACCCCCACAAAGGGGAAAAAUUAAACCGAAAAAGAAAGCAGAGUUUAAGACCCACCAGCGGCAGAGAAAGGAGAAUUCGAGGGGUUUUUAUAUGAAUAGUCGGUUUGGUGGUCUUCUUUUUCUUCUUCUUCGUGCUUCGAUCAACAUCUAGUAUUAGUUCAUGUGCUUGUUCGUGAAGGUGGCGGACCAAAAAGGCGGCAGCGGCGGCGGCGGCGGCGACAGCUACUUCCCACCUUUCACUUCUUCCUCCUCUUCUUACCCCGGUGGCGAUCAGGAUGCUGCGGAAAACAGCAAUAAUCAACAACAAGAUGAAGUCUUUUUGCCGCUCCCGAACAACCCACAAGAUUUCGCUCCUACCCAUCUCCAUCAACAAUUCCAAUUCGGCCACCAUAAUCCGAAUCAGCAGCAAGUUGCGGCAGGGCAGGGGAAUUUGAUGAUGAGUAUGGAUUCUCCGACUGGGUACAGAAGCGCCAGAGAGAUGUCCGCCAUGGUGUCCGCUCUCACCCAUGUCGUCUCCGGCACCGGAAGGUGGGGUUAUGGCGGUGGAGAGGCGGCGCCAACAUCGCCGCCGCCGCCGCCGCCGCCGCAGAUGUCGAGUACGUCUUCAGGGGCCUCUGCAGGCUUGUGGAAGGCGGCGGUCGGGAUGAAGAGAGAAAGAGAAGAAGAAGAUGCGGCUUCCGUCGCUCAAUUGAUGGAGCAUCGGGCAAGGAACUUUCGAGAUUUCGGUCGUAAUUUGAUUCGUGCCGGCGAUUCUUCUUCUUCUGGUGGUGCAACUGCCCAAACAGAGGACUCAUCUCAUACACCGGCGACUCCUACGGCGGCGGCGGCGGCGGCAGCCUCGCCGGCUUCAACGGAGUCUGGCGGCGGCGAUGGAGGGGAAAAAAGGAGGAGAUACAGAGGAGUGAGGCAGAGACCGUGGGGGAAAUGGGCGGCGGAGAUAAGAGACCCGCAUAAGGCGGCGAGAGUCUGGUUAGGGACAUUCGACACGGCGGAGGCGGCGGCCAGAGCAUACGACGAAGCCGCCCUCCGAUUCAGGGGAAGCAGAGCCAAGCUCAAUUUCCCCGAAAACGUCCGCCUCCUCCCACCGCCAUUGCAGAACGUCAAUUCCCCAUCCGCCGCCGCCGCCGCCCGCCACAUCGUUCCCCGCCUCAAUCCUGCUCCGCCUCAGCCGUCUUCCCAAUUCCGUGGAUUUUCCCAGCCGGCGGCGCCGCCGCCGCCUCUUCAGGCGGAUUUGGUGAGGGAUUAUUGGCAAUACUCCCAGUUGCUACAGAGUUCCUCUGCUUCCGGCGGCGGAUUUCAUCCGCAGCAGCCUUCCACGCUAUUAGAGCAGUUGCUAUACAGCUCGCAGGCUCCACCGUCUCAGCCGCUCGUUCCAUUGCCGUCGACGACUUCUCCACCGUCAGUUCGCGUUCAAUCUCCAUCUCCUACUUCUUCCUCCUCUGCUUCGUUUCCCCUGCUUUUCGCGGGUCAGCAGCAAUCCGGUUAUUACCACCGGCCGCAACCGAGCCAGAACCCGAACCCGAGUCAGACCCCGACCGCCGGUUCGGAUUUCCCGGUGCCGCCGUGGUCGCAUUCGAGUCAUUACCCGCCGUCUAGCGGUUGAUUUUCAAAAAAAACAGUUUCCUUUUUACAGUUUUCACUUUUUCUCAUUGGGGUAAGAAUUUAGAAUAUUCAUAUAGUUUGAUUUUUUUUUGUUGUGUGUGACAAUAAUUCUUUUCUAAAGAUAUGUUGAGGCUAUACAAACGGAUAAUUGCUGGUAGGAUUUUUCGUUCUUCUGACGAUAUUAUUAUUGUUGUCAUAUUUAUUGUAUAAACUAUAAAGGAAAGAAGAUGACAAAUAUUGGAUUUUUUUUUAGUAGGAGAUUGCAUCAUAUAUAGAUGGAUACGUUUCAUUCUCAAGAUUUGCUUGAUGUCAACAUUAUCCAUUACGUAUCCAUGAUUUCUUUAUGUCUUCUUUGAUUGACGUACUUGCGGGAAGUUGAUGAAUUGUAGCAUCUUAUAAAUCGGGUAGAAGUGUAGAUAUUUUGCUUAUACUUUUUAGACGAUUU